UGUUUCAUAUCUUUCUAGUUCUAUCUAUCAUAUCUUUCUAGUUCUAUGUAUCAUAUCUUUCUAGUUCUAUGUUUCAUAUCUUUCUAGUUCUAUGUAUCACAUCUUUCUAGUUCUAUGUAUCAUAUCUUUCUAGUUCUAUGUUUCAUAUCUUUCUAGUUCUAUGUAUCAUAUCUUUCUAGUUCUAUGUAUAUUUCGUUUUACCAGUGACACCAAUGUGUUGAUCUAGUAUUUUCUUUUGUUGUGAUGUUUCUUUGUCUUGCUGUGACAAGGUACUCACCACAUCCUGGUUCUGUCAUCACAACACGCCACAUUCACAGAGUUGAACCUAUUUCCUGUACAUCUCUCUGACACACACACACCCUUUCUCUACAUACUCUCUCACACACACAUUCUCUCUCUACACACACUUUCUCCAUCUCACUCUCUCUACGUACACACUUCCUGUCUGCUAAAUAACAGUGUCAGGAAUAUCAUCUAUCAUGGUGGGCUACUGUCCCAUCUGUGGGAAACCCGUCUACUUUGGUGAGAAGAAGAGGUCAUUGGGGCGGGACUACCACCCUCUGUGUCUGAAGUGUCAACAGUGUCAGAGACAGUUGACCCCAGGACAACAUGCUGAGCAUGAUGAGAAACCCUACUACACUAACUGUUACAUGUAGAUGUUGGGUACCAGAGGUAGAUACUGCUUGGUGAUGAGUAACCCUACUACACUAACUGUUACAUGUAGAUGUUUGGUACCAGAGGUAGAUACUGCUUGGUGAUGAGUAACCCUACUACACUAACUGUUACAUGUAGAUGUAUGGUACCAGAGGUAGAUACUGCUUGGUGAUGAGUAACCCUACUACACUAACUGUUACAUGUAGAUGUUGGUACCAGAGGUAGAUACUGCUUGGUGAUGAGUAACCCUACUACACUAACUGUUACAUGUAGAUGUUGGGUACCAGAGGUAGAUACUGCUUGGUGAUGAGUAACCCUACUACACUAACUGUUACAUGUAGAUGUUGGGUACCAGAGGUAGAUACUGCUUGGUGAUGAGUAACCCUACUACACUAACUGUUACAUGUAGAUGUAUGGUACCAGAGGUAGAUACUGCUUGGUGAUGAGAAACCCUACUACACUAACUGUUACAUGUAGAUGUGUGGUACCAGAGGUAGAUACUGCUUGGUGAUGAGAAACCCUACUACACUAACUGUUACAUGUAGAUGUAUGGUACCAGAGGUAGAUACUGCUUGGUGAUGAGAAACCCUACUACACUAACUGUUACAU